GCGUCGGACCUCCGCGCCCGCCAGCCCACAGGGCAGCGCGCCGGACCCAGCCAGCGGGUCGGCACCCCGCGACCUCAGGAUGCCAGAGGCCCAGAGCUCCCGCCAGGACCCCAGGCGACGGAAGAAGAAGCAGCCGGUGCGCCGCACGGUCAGCCAGAUCUGCCCGCCCCCGCGGCGGCCCCUGACCGUGGCCGACAUCCGGCCGGGCAUGGAGAACGAGAGGCUGGGGGUCGUGCGGGAUUCCAUGUUUCAGAACCCGCUCAUCGUCAAGGCUGAACUUGGGAAGCCCCGAGAAAGAAGUUACACUCUGCCUGGAAUUGAUUUCAAUUACGGGCUCUACGUCCGGGGGCUGGAUGGAGGGGUCCCCGAAGCCCUUGGACACUGGAAUGUGUUUAAGCAGCAGCCCACGUGCCCCCACGAGCUGACCCGGAACUACGUUGCCAUGAAUCGCGGGGCGGUGAAAGCCGGCCUGGUGACUGCUCGGGAGAAUUUCCUCUAUCGCCAGCUCAACGACAUCCGCAUCAGUGACCAGGAUGACCGGCACGUCAAGAAGGAAAUGCCCUCCCUCCCUCCAAACAUGACGUUUGGGGUCGUGGCACGACCUUCUACCCCUUUCUUUGACCUGCUGCAGCACCGGUAUCAGCAGCUCUGGGUGCAGGAACAAAAGGCCACCCAGAAAGCCAUUAAACUGGAGAAAAAGCACAAGGUGAUCCUGGGGAAGCUGUAUGAGACCCGGAGCAGUCAGCUGCGAAAGUUCAAGCCGCCCGUGAAGCUGGACGCCCUCUGGCAUAUGCCUCAAUUCCAGAAGGUGCCCCCCCAUCUUGACACUUUCUUCACCGAGGCGGACCGCCAGAGAGCAAUCAAAGCCCACCAGGAAGAGCACGCGGUGCGCCAGGGGACCCUGCGGAUGGGCAACUACACCCACCCCUAAAGCCUUCUUGACACGGUAGAAAACUCCCGAAGGACUCACCUUCCUCGCCCCAGCUCGCGUUAGACUCCCCCCACCCCCCGCCAUUUUUACGUGGCUUCUGCUUUGGCAAGGACUCAGGUCGUAGCCUGAGACUCAGACUCAGGUCGUAGGUGGCCAAUCCUCAGGUCAGCCAAUACAUACUCACCCCCCCCCCCAACCCUCAACCUAGGGAUUCCCCCUCCUCCAGGAACCCACCCACCCUCGGUUCUCGAGCCCUCACCUGAUAAGCCCGAAUGACAAGGCAGAUGUUAGACCCCGAGCUAAGGGUCGGUUCCUACGCUCUGCCCGUUGAGCGUUAAGAACAACCUGUGUAUUUCCUGCAGAAAGUGUGACAGUAACGUGCUUGAAAAGCCCUCAUUUUAUAUUCUGAACACGAGUGGAACUGUUCUUUGGGGGAUGCCUGAUGUCUCACCAUGCCGGUAUUCUCUCUCUGGGGCCCCUGGCAGUGAAUGGGAAGAGCCCGUGCUCCUGACUCAGGGCCUCCCCCCGAUGCCCUCCACGCCGGGGACCUGUCAAUCACACACACAGGCCAACACAGGCUUCUUCAGCCAGGCUGACCUUGGAAGGGCAACCCCGGCCCAAAGGAGACAGUCUUCCGGGCCAGUAGGUGGGCUGACGAUGCACGGGCUGAGGACUCCUGAGUUCGGCCAAACUCCCGCGUGCUUCUGACCCCAAUCUCUCCGCGUGUUCUUGCCUUCUCCCCACAAAUCGUAUAUCGGUCUAUUUUAAAUGAAAAGUGCUAUUUGUCCCCCUCCCGCUGUAUCUUUAUUUGAAAAUCAGCAAGCCAGUAGCAAGGACCAGCGUCACCCUCUUCCGAUGGCGUUCUGACCCGGAUGCUCUUCGAGGCACAUUACCUUCUCUGACACGUCCCCGCCGUGUCUGUAUGAAGCCGGGCACAUUCUCGAGGUUUUAAAUCCCUUUCCUCGUCUGAAAAUUCCAACGACUCCUCUUCAGCCCAGAGCUCUCCCCGGGAUUUCAGACUCGCUUACCCAACUGCCCGCUUGACGUCUCCACUCGAGCGUCUGCUGUUCGGCGCAAACCAACACAGACGAGACAGAGCGCUUGACUUCCCUUUCUCCCCACCAAACUUGUUUCUCCCUCCGUUUUUCCCUUCUCCUCGACCUGCUGGAGCAUCCUCUCCCACCUCGAGUCUAGCAAGCAGCCUGUCAACGCCUCUUCCCAAACAUCCCAACCCUUCCCCUCCCAACCAUAUUCUCCACAGAGUAGCCCCUUAGCAUUCCAGCAGCUUCCGCCGCUCUCGAAGGAACCUCCACACCCCUCACCCGGCCCACGGUCCUUGCUCCUGCCUUAUGCUUUCUGUCUGCUUCCACUUCUCCCUGGAACACCUGGGCCCCCGACUGUCACCUGCCCAUCGCUUCCUGUCAUCCAGAUCUUCGCGCCAACAUCAAGUCCCCUGCGCAAAAGGUCUUCUGCAAAAUAGCCACCAGUAAAACUCACACCGGCUUGUUUUACUCUUUACAAAACAACGACGCCUUAUUCACUGCCGGUCUCUCCUCUAGCAGGGAUGUGGCGUGGGAUCGGGGACCUAAGAUCCCAAGGGCCCGACAUACGGUAAGUGCCCGUGAUAUCCGUGGAAGGACCCCCCGCAGGAAUGUCCAUUACGGCUCACGCGUCCUGCAGGCCGAGUGCUGGGCAGGGAGGGACAUCCAAGUCUGGCGUUGACGAGUCUGACUGCAUUUCUCGAUCAGCCCUUCCCACCCUACACAUGCGUCCCAAUUCCAUACAAAUCCCACACAUACUAACACCACUCAAGAACCUGGCCCAGCCAGGGCCUUGUCAGACCCCAACCUACUCCAAGGGCCAGAAGUCCUCCUCCCGCCGCACGAGUCCGAGAGGAACAAGCCUCCCCACUGAUUUUGGCCAAAGCCACCCUGAAGCCUUGUGACCCCACAGGGAGCAGCGAGCCUGGUGUGGGAGCACGAGAGAGCCCGCGGGACCCGGCCACUGAGCCGGCAGCCAUCGCACGUGGCCGAGAGCGUGAGGCCUGGCCUCCUCAACUAAUUCCCGUGUGGCCUCGACCAAGUGUCUCAACCUCUCUAUGCCUCGUCUGUGAGGCAGGACAGUGUAGGACGUCUCCUCGAGUUAGAUAACGAUUAAAGAAUGUGUACAGAAUGA